AUGUCGGACAACAGCGGAAAGGUAUCUAACAAAAGGCGAUUGGGAUUCGGAAAAGCUUGUUUCACCUGUCGGAAGAAGAAGCAUCGUUGUGACGGGAGGCGACCAAACUGCUUCGGCGGCGAAAAUAGAGGGCUGCGAUGCGAAUAUGCCGACGAUGUGGCCCAACCUCUGCUAGGAGGCAUCGAUAACGUCGCUCGUGCUCCCCGUCGACGAGGAGACCCAAGAGGCAGAACCCGAGAUUUGUUGCCAGCCACUGAGGAAACCGAAGGAUUCUUAGGAGGAGCAGUUGGUCAGAGAUCGAGGAACAUCGAUGGGAGUGGUGAGAGUGUUCAGGUUCCAUCGCCAGAGGAGGUAGCAGGCGCGUGUAUCAAACGUGACAUCUUUGUCUCAUCCACAGCGAGCCUGGUCGAGUCCAAUGGGUAUUUGGGCGACUCCUCCACCCUGGGGUUUGUAUCAAAGAUCAGGCCCGAAUUGCAACCGACCACGGAUGGCACACAUAGUAUAGUGAUGACCCAGACCUCUCGAAACCGAAAAAACCCUUCCUGGCUGGCCCUCGUGAACCUUGUCUUUGCGUACGGGUGCGAAUUUUGCCUCGCAGGCGAUAUAGACGAGUUUGACAAACACUACUCGACUUUCAUCGAACGUGCGAAAAGGAUCAUCCUGUCCUUGGUCUUCCGGAGUGCGGAUCUCGCUCUCGUGCAAGCACUUCUUCUGCUGUGCCGUUAUAUGCAGGGUACCCUCGCGUUGAAUGCGUGUUGGAAUUUCAGUGGGCUGAUGAUACGUAAUGCAAUCAGUAUCGGCCUCCAUGUCGACCCAACGGAUGAUGGAACUAUUUUGCCGGUGGAAAGGGAAUCAAGAAAACGACUAUGGUGGGGAUGCCUAGUUCUCGAUCGUACAUUGUGUAUGAAACUGGGCCGCCCGCCUUCGAUCCGCGAAACUGAUGCUCAUGGAGUUGAUCUACCCUUGGAAGUGGACGACCAAUACAUCAUUGACACUUCUUUGGUGCCACGGCAACCCUUGGGACGGCCUUCCCGAAUGUCCUUCUUUGUUCAAACCAUCAAACUGUCCCACAUAAUUGACUGCAUACUGUCCAGGAUCUACCCCACCAAUGCUAAGGGAGAGAAGAAACGAUAUCAGACUUCGUUAUCCCAUCGGACUGAUGAAUCUUCCAUCCUGGGAAAUACCUUUCUGCUCGACGGCCAAUUGCAGGCCUGGUGGAAUGAGAUGCCCCUUUACCUCAGAGAAGACCCCAACAUGCCUGACGGUAUCGACUUUCAGCGUCAAAGGCGCGUUAUGCGAAUCCGAUUUCUUCAAAUCCGGCUUCUGCUCCAGAGGCCAAUAUUUUUGCUUUUUAGCCAGGGUCAGAUUCAGGACGAAUUCAUGAGAGCUGGUGCAGUUGCAUCUUCCCAGGUGUGCAUCUUUGCAGCCCAAGAGACGAUUCAAUUGAUACACCAGGACUACAACCGGCAGUUUCUCAACUCUGUGUGGUACAAUUUGCACUAUGUGUUCACUUCUCUGGCUGUUCUCAUGACCGUUCAGACGAUGGAAAAGUCCUUACGCAGCCUCUUAUCGUCACUACCUGAGCGUGCCGUUUUCGAUCGCGGAAUGGAAUUCCUGCGCGCGGUGAGUACUCUCGCCUCACACUAUGUUACAAUUCUGGAUAGAUUGCGAACUCCGCCUUCUGGGCCCAACGAGAAUACACAGACGAUACCUAGUCGGAACCCUACCGAACCAUUGACUGAGCAAGCCUGCGCUCCUCAGACGGAUCCCAGUCUAUUCGGAUUCCGAGAUGACAUUGAUUUCCCCGUCGUCGACUCUCUGAAUUCGCUUUUCGAGACUGGACUCCCGCUGUCCACGACGGACUGGGCAUGUUUCAAUGGUAGUCUUUGA